UGUAUAAAUCGAAUCAGAAAAUAUUAUAAAUUGAUGUAAAAAAUACAAAUUAUUCAUUCAAAAUGGCCACCGCUGCUAAAGGUAGUUUUCCUGGUCGACCAAGGAAGAAAAUUGAGAAGAAAAAAGUGAAAUUUAAAAGAGAAGCUCACAGAAAAGAUCUGGGAGACCUAAACGUAACCUGUUCCUUCAUUACUAAUAUUUCAAGGCAGUUUCAUCGAAUUUUUGAUGAUGAAAAUGAACAGGAUAUUGAGUUCAUUGGCUUCAGUUCAGAAGAAUGUGGGCUACGAGCUUACAAACGGGUCACGAAGAAGAAUGCUGCAAGAAGUCAAAGUACAAGACGUUCUGACAUACUUGGAAGCCAGUCAAAUUAUGAUCAAGAAAAAGUGACAACCAGGUUAUCACAUGCGCGUCAUAGUGUUUCGAAUGAACCUUCAGAUAAAUCAUCACAAGAAACUCCUCACUCUACAAUAUCUAGUCCUCUCUCAUCUCCAGACAGAAGUCUCAACUUCAGCAGAGACACAGAAAGUUGCAACAGCAGUUCUUCUGAUUCAGCAUUCUUAAAAUACAAAGAUUUUAAGUUGGAUUUCCACCGGUUGAGUCGCAAAGCUAGAAACAAGGACAGCGAAUGCAGUGCUGAAGAAAUUGCAAAACGGAAAGACACCAGUGUUAAAUCGCUUCAGUAUGCUUCCGAUAUUUACCUUGCAAAAGACCAUUCCUCUGUCAGUGCUGCACGUUCACCAAUCAAACCUGCAACUUUUAUUCCACCUGGAAACACUGACUCCCAACUUCAUGUAUCUUCACUCAGUGGAACCUCAAUGAAAAUUAAAAAGGUGUCCCGAGAUUUUGACGAAGUGGGUGGAAAUAGAAAGGGGGCAGGCCACCCGCAUGUUAUCGCUAAAGCUUUACUUGCUCGAGCUAAUCGACAAAAUAAAAGAAACGUUGAAGAACAAGGCUUGCCUGCUCAACCCACUAAACAGAAAACUACAAAGAAAGCGUUUAUACUUCCUAGUAAAAGUGCACGGUCAUCAAGAAUUAUAAAAGCAAAUCGCAAAUAUUUGGUUGACCAGCAUACCACGGAGAAUACACCACCCGCAAGUCUCUCACCUUCAACUUCUGACCUGAUUUCAAGCUCCAGCAGUUGCAGUGUCAAUAUUUCUCGACAAGAAUCUCAAAUUGCCGAGCCCCUCACCCCCACAAAGACUGGCAUCUCCCAAAAAUCACCGGAAUCCAAGAAAAGGAAACCUUUAAUAAAACAACCAACAUUUUUAUCGGAUAACUCAAACACUUCUGGUCGAUCAAAAUCGGGCUCAAGAUUUAAAGAAAUCAACAGAAAAGCUCACAGUCACAGCCACGCAAGAAGAUUAAUAAAGAGAGCUCGAUUUAAACAUCCAACGUCAUCUGAGACUCUUAUUCUUGGUGAUGAAGAUCCAAAUAACAUGAGUUCUUCUUUUAUAAAGGAAGCAACAUUUAAAGCUCCAAAUUCUAAAAAACGUGGUUCAAAAUCGCAACAGAGCGAAAAUAUUCCUGAAACUAUUGAAGUCACUGAGGAGGAACCGGAACUUUUUCCCGACCAUAUAUGGAAGAAGAUUGGCAAGCCAUUAAGUGAGAGAUAUGCGGGAGACAAUACAGAAGCAUGGUCAGCACAGGAAAUUCACAACAUUCUCCAUGGUAGCCAUACAUUUGGUAACUCCUGGACAACAGUGGCACGACAUUAUGACUUUAAGGAUGGACAUAGAGACUGGUUGAGUGUUCGGCAAAAGGCACUCAAGUGCAGAAGUCUUGGUAUUCUAAAUGCAGAGUUCAAGGUAAAAAGUUCCACCCUACUCCAACUAAAACCAAAACUAAGCGACAACCCGAACGUUACUGUUUUCUCGCCAUUAGAGCUUAAAGUUCGAGGUCUCACUCAUAAUGUGAGUUGCCAUCUUGGAUCUGCUGGUCGUGCGUAUAUUAACAAGGAACAACUUGUAACUGCCCCACCAGUUGGUGAAGCGUGUAGUGAUAUUAGGAUAUUUGGGACCCAGUUAAAUGGACAAAGUAGCAACAAAUCUGUGAAUAAAAACAAAAUUGUUGAUCAUGACGUUUACCUUGGGGUGUCAGAACGUGUGUUUAUGACUUUGCUUAAACCAAGGAAAAGACAGGUUAAGCUUCGUUGGGAAAUCUGGGAGAUACAUAACAUACUCCAUGGUAUUGCCUACCUUGGUCUCGGUGAAUGGACCAAAAUCUACAACAUGUAUCGAUUCCAUAUUUCACAUGAUAAUGUUGCUAUUCGUGCAAAGUUCAAGUCAAUCUGCGCCAGAGGGUUCAUCGUUUCAAACACCGUUCGAGAAGAUGUGUUGCCUCACUUGCGCCCUGUACUGACCGAAGCGGGACGAGAAUAUUUUCUCAAUAAAAAUCUUCCAAUUGUUGAAUUUGUGGUAAAAGUUGGUAAAAAGAUGGCCAAACAAAAGUUUAAUGACGGAAUGGUAAAAAUGAAGAAACCGGAAAAAAUAAGAAGACCAAGCUCCUCUGAAAGUGAUCAAGAGUUAAACAUCAGUCCUCCAAGGAAGCAAGCUUAUCAUCUCUUCGGAGCAGUCCCUGUAUGGGAUGAAGCUGCACAUCCGGACAUUAUUGAAGAUGCAGAGACUCCUGUUCUUGAAGUUCUUGAGAACGGAUUAUGUAACGGUAAUCUUUCGUCUUCCGAUGCUCCUCAUCACUUCUCCUCCAAGAAGAAUAAUCUUCCUCCUUCAUCAUCUGGAUCAACAGAGCAAGAGCCAGGAGCAAAAUCGACAAAGUCGUCAAAAUCGAGCAAAAAAAAGACAACACCAGAUACUAAGGGAAGGGGGCCAAGGAUAAAACAUGUCAGCAGAAGAGCAUCUUUAGUAACCGGACACAGCCUUGCUAAGAAUGAAGAUGCCACUCCCCAUCUUAGUGCUCUACCUAAAGUAGAACGUGAGAAGAUUGCUGCUGCGGUUGAAAAGAUGAAAGUCCACAUCCCGGACUUCACAUCCUCCGAAAGCGAAGAGGACUCAAAAGCGAAGACCUCCCUCCCGUCCACUGUUCCUAGGAGAGAGAAGAUCAUUCCUGGGAAGAGGAAAACGAUGAGCUUAAGAUGUGGAGUGUGCGAAACGUGUUCUAAUGUUUGUGGGAUGUGUGAUGGUUGCAGAUCAUCGAAAGUUGACGGUUCAUCAAUUUGUUCGGAGCGCAAACCUUGCUCCAACCCCACGGAGGUUGAUCCUGUUCCUCAUCUUCCUAAGAAGGCAAAGAAGUCUCUUCCUGAUCAAACGGCAUCAAGAAAGUCUUCCCGCCUCCAACAGCAGCGAGCCCCUCUCCGAUCCUCGUUGAUAUCGGAUGCAAGUGGAGGACAAAUGAGCAAACACCACCAGCCCCCGCCGUCAGUCUUCAUCUCCCCAACUACAAAUAACGACACCAAAACCACCACUGUAUUGAAAGAAGUGACCAUGUCACCUGGGAGUCGAUUCAGCGCGUUCGAAAAUGUUUUAACUCUAAACAAACUUGCAACAAUAUCCAUUGAAAACUGGAAGGAGAUUUACGAAGUUUCCCGAUUAUGGAAGAAAGGUGGUCGUGCGUUGAUCACCUCGCAGCCGCCACCCCCUCGCACUGUGUGUCUUAUAUGCGGCUCCUUCAGCUCGGCAAAGAGCAUAAGUGAAGGUGCCUUGGUCCACUGCGCUUGCUGUUGCGAGCCAUACCACCCUUUCUGUGCAGAACCAGACUUUUUAAACACUGACGUGUUAGCGCAGAUGAAACGAAACACAUGGAUAUGCAGAAAAUGCCAAUGCUGCCACGUAUGCGGACACCCAAAGAACUUACUUGUGUGCAGAAGGUGUAAGAAGAGUUAUCAUAGUGAGUGUCUUGGACCAAGUUACCCUACCAAGCCAUCUAAGAACAAAGUGUGGGUUUGCAUGCGUUGUGUUCGAUGCCAAAGUUGUGGGACUUCCAAACCUGGUGCUUCAGGUUGUAAGUGGACACACGACUUUACCAUGUGUCAGAGGUGUGGUGAUCUAUAUGAGAAGGGGAACUUCUGCCCUAUAUGUCAACGCUGUUACAGUGACGAGGAUUACGAAUCUCGGAUGAUUCAAUGUUCCGGGUGUAAGAGAUGGGUUCAUUCCAAGUGUGAGAGCUUAUCUGUUGAAAUGUACACCCUGCUUGCCCACAUGCCCAACAACGUGACAUACAAGUGUCCUGACUGUGACAAUCGUGGGACUAAACUUAAACAAAUACUCGCUGAGCAAGCUAAUGCUGCUGAAGAACUAAAUGAAAGUAUAAAACCAGAGCCGGAGGAGAUCCGUAAAAUCCUCUCAAGUCUUCCACCUCCUGCAUGGAGGAAAAUGAUAGAGAAUGAAAUACAGACGGGAUUAGAAGCGAUCACGAUGGCUUUAUUUCAUAACAGAGCUACCUAUGGCAUUCUAAAGAAGGCUGACAGCAUCAAACCAGAAGCUGACACGAAACCACUCAAGUGUGACGACACAGCUCGACCUCGUGACCUCUUUGCUGUAAGGUUCGCCGUCCAUAACGGUCGCUACCACUCGGUGGGGACAUUCUGCUCCCACGUGGCGGCCAUCUUGGAUUCGGUUGUCGACGACAACGACAGGGAGGAGGUUGGGAAGGCGUUCUGUAAAGAAGCAGGAUCGGUGUUUUCGUGGUUUAAUUUCGAAACGGGGAAAGUGAGAGACUCAAAUGACUUCCCAGACUACCUACUACCUAACGCCACUAUGCCCCCCACCCCUGAACACGACUAUGCACAAUGGCAAGAUAAGGACAUCGUGACCCACCCUGGCACCCCUGACCCCUCCCCCAUGAAGUCCCAAUGUAGUACAACACCUUCAAAGUCCGAUACAUGGGCCUCUCCUCUCAAAAACAACGAAGAUUUGAGGCAAUGUAUAUUCUGUAGCAAAUAUGGGGAUGACCAUCCAAUGUAUGCUGGUAGAUUGUUAUACUGUAGCCAGGAUGAAUGGUGUCAUGUCAACUGUGCAUUAUGGUCAGCAGAAGUAUAUGAACAACAUGAUGGUUCCUUACAGAAUGUUCAAUCUGCUGCUUCAAGGGGAAAAAUGAUGAAAUGUGAGCUAUGCAAGUUACCUGGUGCAACAGUUGGCUGCAGUACACGACAAUGCCCCAAGAACUACCAUUUCAUGUGCGCCAGGAAAACUGACUGCGCUUUUCAAAACGAUAAAAAAGUUUUCUGUCUUCGUCACCAUAGUAAUGCUAACAUUGAGUUAAUAUACGAUGAAGAGUUCGAAGUCCUCCGGAUGGUGUGCGUGGAUAACGACGAGAUGCGACCCAAUCGUCGCUGGCAACGAGGAGUCCUCUCAUCCAACAUCACGGUGACGAUCGGAUCACUUACCGUGCAUCAGUUGGGAAGAUUAGGAGUGGCAUCCGAUAUAAGGGAUUGUCUUAUUCCUGCUUCUUUCAGGAUGACACGAGUGUUCUGGAGUGCGUUCUCACCCACCAGGAAAACAGUUUACACGAUCACGGUGUCCGAGAAGAAACCUUCGUUUGAUGGAAAUCAAUCGAAACCUGCAGCAGAUAACACAAACUUAACCAUCUCACAUGCAAGUGAAGACGAACACCCCGCCCCAUCCUCUCCUCCUUCUUCCAAGAGCAAACUUCAUAGUCCCCCGCAUCCCUGCGUUACCAACCUCCUUGAUCGUAUGGACUCCAUUCCCCCCAUUGGCCCUCUCUCCCCAACUCGACGAAGUUCCCACCGAAACGAGCGUCGUCCUACAGGCUCCUACACCAUAAUUUCAUCCUUCAAUAAAACUUUACCCCAAAUGCUCACCCCCCUACCCACAACCCCUAAAUACACAACUCCUGAACCCAACACCCCUACCCCCAUCAAACCCACAAAAAUCUCCCCAGAUAACCCGUUUUUACGACCCAUCUUAAGCGAUGCAACUCCAAAGACAUUACCCCUAACUUUAAUCCCCCAAAAUGGAGAAAAAGAACAAAUUUGCUCAGAAUCCGUCGUCAGUUACCCCAACAUGACUUUAAACAGUGGGACAUCAGGUUUAAUCAUUUCUACCACAAGCUCACAAAACCAGUUAAAACCGAAUUUAACCGAAUCCUGUGAAAAAACAAUCACUACCUCAAAUUCAGAUAAUGAAAAAAUUACACCACUAGUUUCUGAAACACAAAACAAAAUGGAUACUGGAACUAGUUCUGUCUCGGUUCAACCUACUACUACAGUACACGAAACUAUACCUUGCAAUUCAGUAGUUAACAUUGCUAUUAAUGCAUCUGAGGAAAAUUUAAGUCCAAAAUCACUGCCUAUAACUGUGUCUAGUGAAGAAAAGAUUACUGAAGUCCAGGAAGAGCUAAAAGAUGUUGGUACAUCAGUUGUAAAAGAUAAAGAUGUUUCGAAGAUCAUUGUUCCGACGUCAAUAAGUCCUCCAAAUAAGAAUGAGAAUUUGGGAGCCGAUCCAGGGAUGCAGGUAUCUCUUCUUAGGGAUGCAAAGAUCGCUAGAGAUGUAGAGGACACAGAGCAUCAGAAAACUUCUCCUAUGGAGGUUUCAGGACUUUGGUGGAAAAAGCAACCUCCAGUGAAGAAGUCCUCCUCCUCUUCUAAGAUCUGGAAGACUCCAAGAUCCGGGAGCAAUCCGGAGGACUUUGAUCCUUCUUUUAAAUCGGAUGAAAAGUACUGGAAACUAAAACCUGGGGAAACGGAAUCAAAAUCUCUCUCUUCUGGAGGAUCUGUUGGUAAGAGGAAGAAGAUCAUUGAAUCGUAUCAUGAGGAGGAUGUUAAAAUGGACUCUGAAUCUGAUGGAGAAGACAAAUUUGCAUCAGGAGAAAGCGGAGAUGCAAAAAUUGAAAAUGUUCCCAAAGUUCCUGUAAUAACAAGUAAGGAAGAAAGUUUAGACGAAAGUUUGAAAAAUGUAACUUCUGUUUCAAACACUCCUAAUGCUGUUCCACCAAAAGAAGUUUCUCAUCUAGAAGCAAAUGUUUCCGAUGAAACUCUUACAAUAACAGAGGAAAGUUACCAAAAGCCAACUACACCUAAACUAAUAGUUCGGUGUCAGAAAUUAAAAAUGAGCGAAAAAAAUGAAAUUUGUGAAAACGACAGCGAUCAUGCAGAAGAUAGAGAAGAAUCGCCAAAACUUCCGGCAAAAUCUAUGAGAAAAUUUGCGCGGAAAAGUGUGGAUGAAGUAAACCAGAUAAAACCGGUUAUUUCCAGUUCCCCACAGCGCCAUAUGCUCACCAGGCAAAGAAGUAAGUCCCAAGAUGAUGCAUUCAGGUUUAAUAAACAUUUCAAAACAAAGGAAAAUACCUGUUCAAAUGAAAAUUUGUCUGAUUUAAAUUCGAAAUUUAUAAACACAAGAUCACGUUCCAGAAACAGCAGUGUUUCCAUAUCAGUGUUGCCAGUCAGUCAUCCUGAAUCCCCAGAAUGUAACCUUAACAGCAGUGUUGCCAAUUCGCAAACCUCAAGUGCAGAAGAAAAUGAGAAAAGUUUAUCGGACAACACUGAGCAUGACAACCUAAAUACACCGCGUAGAUAUCCACGCAGAAACACUUACACGUGUCUUAGAUCUUUUUCUGGCUUAUCACCAAAUUAUGCUCUUGCCUCUUACUCCAGACUGCUCAGCCAAGCGCAUGAAGAGAAGCCAGAUGUUAAAGUCACACAUACUGAUGCUGUAGAUGAUGGAAAAAGUAAACAUGACCCACAUGAACCAAUGUCACCAAAAACUGAAAAAAUGCCUAAAGAAAAUGCAGAUGUUAAAGUCACACAUACUGAAGCUGUAGAUGGAAAAAGUAAACAUGAUCUUUAUGAACCAUUGUCACCGAAAAGCGAAGAAAAUCCUGAAGAAAAAGAAACUCAAAUUUUGACAGUAGACUCUCCUAUAGUUACUGAGGAAAAAACAGAUGAAAAAAGAGAUAAUGAUAUAUCAUCAUAUGAAAAAUGUAUCACCAAGUCACCUGACCAACUCACAAGUCAUAUAGAUGAAGCAAAAGAAAUGAAAAUGCAUCUGUCUGCAGUUGAUGAUCAAAUUACUUCAGACGAUUUAAAAGUAUCUGAAAACAAUAUUUCAACAGAAAAUUUAUCUCCUGAAACUGAACCUGCAAACACAGAAUCUAAAGGUGAAGUAAAGAUGACAACCGAUGAUGAAGAAUUAAAAACCUCCAACAAGAUCUUUGAUGAUCCCGCAUCCGACUUUUAUAAUGAAGUGAAGAUCAAUGAAGAAGAUGUUGAAUGUGAAGAGCAGAAUUGUCCAGAUGCCAACCUCAGUGAAAAAUCCUUAGAUGAGAAAGAUGACAACGAGAGCAACAUUAUUGAGAUCCUCUCAGCUCUUCCGGAGGUCUCUCCUCUAAUCCCAAGUCCUCCAAAUCUCAAUCUUGACGACUCCGCCAACUUUGGUGAUGACUCGAUCGAAAUCCAGCGAGGAGGAUCUGAAGAUCUACCACCAGGAGGCACUAUAGAGUCUCCACAUCCGAAAAUCUCUCCCGAAAAAAUUUCCGAAAAUAAUCUUACAGAAACUCUAAAAGACGUUGAAGAAAUUCCUGAUGUAACUGUCGAAUCAUUAAAAGAUGACUCAUCGUUUCUGGUGACGAGCGAAUGCCCAGUGCUAAACGCUGACGAAGUUCAAACCCUUCUUGAAUCCCCAGAAACCAUCACUACCACCCCUACCAUGGAUUACAACUACAUACGUCCCGUCCACCCCCAAACAGUAUGCCAGCCUACUAUAUUAAACUACCCAGUGUACAGUACAGGACGUCACCCACAAACCACACGCUUCCCAAACUGCACCCCAAAACCCCGUCCCUCAUUCCGCCGUCACAGCCAAGAAUCAAUCCAACCCAUCUACAACAACAGAGGGAAAGUCCCUCCAGCCCCCCAAGCCCCAUUCCAGAAGCUCGUUACAAUGACGGCCCACCCCUGGAUUAGAAACACCCCCGUAAUAGUCCAACCCUCCGUUUCCCCGGUCCGAAUCGCUUACCCACCCUCCCAAAACAUCACCCCCAACUUUCACCCUAUGCCCCCAAACAUGUCAUACCCCCAACAGUACCCCCCUAUGCCAGGAAUCGCUACAACCCCCUUAUCCUACUCCCUAAGGGUAACAAUGGCAAUGGCGGGCUCCAUAAAUACAGACACAUUAUCCCCAACCACAAUCCCGAGAUUUAAUUUUGCGAACCAGCCACAAAAACCGCAACCAGCUUCGUACAGACAGCAACCAGUGAACCAGAGUUACCCCUUGCCGAACCAGUACACCAAUUUACCCAACCCUGCAGCACAUAAUCAGAACACCCAGGACUUAGGAGAACAAGCUGCAGCGUUGGAACGACUGAUAGAAUUCUACAGCGCAAAGAAUAAUCUAACUGGUGAAGAAAAGAAAAUUGUUCGUUCCAUAAUUAGUGCUCAGAUACAAAACAAGCAACUGCCGAUGCCCAAUGCACACCAUACACAACUUACUGGUAACCAGAACAAAGCAGAAGAAAAAGAUACCAAAUCCUCCGGACACAAAAGGAGGAGAUCAUUUGAAGCGAAACAAGAAGAGAAAAAAUCAAAAAUUAAACGGAAGAAAAAGGAAAGAUUGAAUCUCCUAUCUACAGGACUUGAUGAAUCCCUCCCAUUAUAUGAUGAUGAUGUUGACGACAUAGAUACCGGGUCAAUUUUGGUCGAUAUUUAUAAUAAACGUGAGGAACUUCUUAAAAGGAAGAAGAAACCGUUUUCCAGGCUACUAGCUCCGUACAACAUAUUCAUCGGACAAAACCAUUCCUCAAACAAGGGGAACCGUACCACACCACCCCACACUACUAACAAACCAUAUAUGGUGUAUGAGAUAACUAGUGAAGAUGGAUACUCAGCACAAGGCACUGAUUUACAAGAUCUAGUCAGCCAAUUGCUAUCAGCCGUGCAGGAAUGCAGAGCAACCACAAAAGGACCGAGUCCCACUGUUGCUCUGCACGCUGUUAUGACACCAUUCUCAUUUCUGGGGGUUUCCCAUGACGCAGUGAGAUUUCUGGCAGAGCAGUUGCCAGGUGCGAGAUACUGUCAUCGGUACAGGGCCAAAUACCACAAGCAUAAGAAGACAACUGAAGAGGUCACUCACAUAAAUCCACACGGGUGCGCUAGAGCAGAGCAGUACAAGGGACGGUCUAAACCGGAUAUGUUUAGUUUCCUCGCAUCCAAACACAGGUAUCCACCUGUUUAUGACCCUGAUAGACAAGAGGACGACUUGCAACAGAUAAACAGACGAGCGACCUCUUGUGACCUCCCGAUGGCGAUGCGAUUCCGUCAGCUACGUCAUCUAACACGUGACUCGGUGGGCGUGUAUAGAUCCACCAUACAUGGAAGGGGCUUGUAUUGUAAGAGGGAUUUCGAUAGCGGGGAAAUGAUCAUGGAAUACACUGGACAGAUAAUUCGGCAAGAGCUCACUGACAAACGUGAAAAAUACUACGAGAGCAAAAGCAUCGGUUGCUACAUGUUUCGUAUGGACGAUUUCUACGUAGUUGAUGCGACUGUGCUUGGAUCUGGAGCUCGUUUCAUUAACCAUUCAUGCGACCCCAACUGUUAUUCCCGUAUCGUUCAAUUUGAAGGCAAGAAACACAUCGUUAUCUUCGCAUUGAGGGAAAUAUACAAAGGUGAAGAACUGACGUAUGAUUACAAGUUCCCUAUCGAAGACGAAAACCAUAAGAUAGCUUGUACCUGCGGCGCACGCCUUUGCCGGAAAUUUAUGAACUGAUGACGUCACGCCGUUGACGUCAUUCCCACGCCGGUUAGUGUCGGCGUGCGUUUUUUUAUUUUGCACAAAGCACACCAAAGAUAAAAGUCACUGCCGACAGCGUAAAACCAAGGUGCAUUUUAUUCACUUUUUUUCCGACUUCUGAUUUUUACGCCAACUCCUAUUGCAUCUUCGUGCUAACUGCGGCCAAGUUAUGAUAGGCUGGGUCUUAUAAUCGUGUAAUAGCCUUCGUACCCCUGGCAGCAGUGUUGUUGGUCGCUGGCAAUUACACGGUUGGGAUCCGGUUAAAAUCCGGUUCAAACCGGUCACAGUAAGUUAUCAUUUCCACGUUUACUUUCUUUGCCUUGUACACCUCGCGUUCCGUCUGAAUGCUAUUUUUCUAGCCGCUUGGAUCGUGUAUUAAAUAUUUUUUCAAAUUUUCCGAAAAAAA